UCCUCCCCCUCCUUCCACGGUGCGCGCGAAUUUGCCUCCCGCCGCUUGCUUUCUCGCUGUUUUGCCGGUCCCGAUGCCGGCCAGGGCCGCCCCGCUGACCCAGGAGGAGCUGCGCAGCCGGCUAAAAGACCUGGAAAGGGACGAAGAUGGUCUCAGUGAAAGAGAGUGUAUUAAAGAAAAGCUGAGUCUGAUCCAUGGCUUCUUACAAGCAGAUGUUCAGAAUCAGCUGAAAGACCUGGAGACCAAGUUUUGUGAAGAGGAACUUUCUGAGGAACGGUACCUGGCCAAAGUCAAAGCCUUACUCCACAAAGAAUUCUCCUUGGAGAAUGGAGACAGCCUGGAAAUUGAUCAGAAGCCCAAUGGUUGCACGGAAAAUGGCACCUAUGGCAGUGACGAAGAGUCGGAGAGAAUGGGUUACAAAGGGGAAGAGGACAGUGGCAUGGAGAUCGAGGAGGCCUCCGCAUCUUCCUCCUCUACGAUGACCUUGGCUUCCUCAUCUGUGCCAAAAGCCCGCAGAGGCAGGAAGAGCAAGUCCAACAGUGAGAACAGAAAAACUUCAAGCAGUUCAAGAAUUACCCGUAGUUCUGGCAGGCAACCAACCAUUAUGGAUAUGUUUUCCAAAGGGUCCAAUAAGCGCAAGUCUGAAGAAGUGAAUGGGGAGGUGAAACAUGAAAUAAACAUAGAAAAUGAGGAGGAAGAGGAGGAGGAGUCUGGAGAAAAGGAACAAGACGAGAAAAGAAUUAAAACAGAAGCCAAAGAAGGGUCUGAGAUAAAAGAAGAAGCUACUCAGGUUAAAAUUAUACCACCUGUUAAAACAACGCCUCCCAAGUGUGUUGAAUGCAGACAGUACCUGGACGACCCUGACCUCAAGUUCUUUCAGGGGGAUCCCGAUGAUGCACUGGAUGAACCGGAAAUGCUGACAGACGAACGGUUGUCCAUUUUUGAUGCCAAUGAAGAUGGAUUCGAGAGUUACGAUGACCUGCCCCAGCAUAAAGUGACAUCCUUCAGUGUUUAUGAUCGAAAAGGUCACCUGUGUCCAUUUGAUACCGGCCUGAUAGAAAGGAAUAUUGAACUCUACUUCAGUGGUACUGUGAAGCCGAUAUAUGAUGAUAACCCUUGCCUUGAUGGUGGUGUCCGAGCCAGAAAAAUGGGUCCCAUCAAUGCAUGGUGGAUCACUGGCUUCGAUGGAGGAGAGAAGGCUUUGAUUGGCUUCACCACAGCUUUUGCGGAUUACAUCCUGAUGGAGCCAAGCGAAGAAUACGCUCCCAUCUUUGCACUGAUGCAGGAGAAGAUCUACAUGAGCAAAAUCGUUGUCGAAUUCUUGCAGAAUAAUCCUGACGUCAGCUAUGAGGACUUGCUGAACAAGAUUGAGACCACCGUCCCUCCCGCUGGGCUGAACUUCAACCGUUUCACAGAAGAUUCCCUCCUCCGGCAUGCCCAGUUUGUGGUGGAGCAAGUGGAAAGUUACGAUGAGGCAGGAGACAGUGAUGAACCUCCCGUUCUUAUCACACCCUGCAUGAGAGACCUGAUUAAGCUGGCUGGAGUCACUUUGGGGAAAAGGCGAGCGGCAAGGAGGCAGGCCAUCAGGCACCCCACCAAGAUUGACAAGGACAAAGGGCCCACCAAGGCCACCACCACCAAGCUGGUGUAUUUGAUCUUCGAUACUUUCUUCUCAGAGCAAAUUGAGAAGACUGAAAAGGAGGACGACAAGGAGAAUAACUCAAAGCGCAGGCGCUGUGGAGUCUGUGAGGUUUGCCAGCAGCCAGAGUGUGGCAAAUGCAAAGCUUGCCAGGAUAUGAUUAAGUUUGGGGGCAGUGGAAAGUCAAAACAGGCCUGCCAGCAGCGGAGGUGCCCCAAUCUGGCUGUGAAAGAAGCUGAUGAAGAUGAGGAGGUGGAUGAUAACAUUCCUGAAGUGCCCUCUCCCAAAAAGAUGUUGCAAGGAAGGAAGAAGAAACAAAAUAAGAGCCGAAUCUCCUGGGUGGGAGAUCCUAUUAAGAAUGAUGGCAAGAAGGACUAUUACCAGAAGGUGUGCAUUGAUUCAGAGACGCUGCAAGUAGGCGAUUGUGUCUCUGUCAGCCCCUAUGACCCAACGAAACCUCUCUACCUGGCAAGAGUCACUGCCAUGUGGGAGGAUGCCAGCGCUGGGCCGAUGUUCCAUGCCCACUGGUUCUGCCGUGGCACAGACACCGUUCUGGGAGCCACCUCGGACCCGUUGGAACUCUUCUUGGUGGAUGAGUGUGAAGACAUGCAGCUGUCUUACAUCGAUGGCAAAGUCAAUGUCCUUUACAAGGCUCCCUCAGAGAACUGGUCCAUGGAGGGAGGGCUUGAUAUGGAGAUCAAAAUGGUAGAAGAUGAUGGCAGAACCUAUUUUUACCAAAUGUGGUAUGAUCAAGAAUACGCCAGGUUUGAAAGUCCCCCAAAGACUCAGCCGGCCGAAGAAAACAAAUACAAAUUCUGCAUGAGCUGCACUCGGUUGGAUGAGGUGAGGCAGAAGGAAAUCCCCAAAGUCUUGGAACCCCAAGAGGAGUCGGAAGGGAAGAUGUUCUAUGGCAUGGCCAUGAAAAAUGGAGUGCAGUACCGGGUAGGGGAUGGAGUCUUCCUCCUACCAGAUGCCUUCCCUUUCAGCCUGAGACUGGCCAGCCCUGUUAAGCGCCAGAAGAAGGAGGCCGUGGACGAGGAGCUGUACCCUGAGCAUUAUCGCAAGUAUUCGGAAUAUAUCAAAGGCAGCAACCAGGAUGCACCUGAGCCUUACCGCAUUGGCCGCAUAAAGGCGAUCUUCUGCAAUAUCCGUAGCAGCGGCAGACCCAACGAAGCAGAAAUCAAGUUGCGUGUGUACAAGCUUUACAGGCCAGAGAAUACCCACAAGUCUGUGAAAGCCAGCUACCAUGCAGAUAUCAAUUUAUUAUAUUGGAGUGAUGAAGAGGCAACUGUAGAGUUCAAAGAUGCGCAGGGCCGCUGCACUGUGGUAUAUGGGGAGGAUUUGACAGAGUGCAUCCAGGAUUACUCUGCCAGCGGCUCUGAUCGUUUCUACUUCCUAGAGGCAUACAAUGCAAAAACAAAAAGCUUUGAAGAUCCCCCCUAUCAUGCUCGCAGCUCUGGAAAUAAAGGGAAAGGAAAAGGAAAAGGGAAAGGCAAAAGCAAAGGGAAAUCUUCUGUGGCAUCUGAACAAACUGAGCCCGAGGCUGUGGAGAUGAAGCCCCCUAAGCUGCGUAGCCUGGACGUCUUCUCUGGCUGUGGAGGCUUAUCAGAAGGUUUCCAUCAAGCAGAAGUCACGGAGACGCUGUGGGCCAUUGAGAUGUGGGAGCCAGCAGCGCAAGCCUUCCGCCUGAACAACCCUGGCACAACCGUGUUCACAGAGGACUGCAACGUGCUGCUGAAGCUGGUGAUGUCUGGAGAGAAGACCAACUCCGUGGGCCAGAAGCUGCCACAGAAGGGUGAUGUGGAAAUGUUGUGUGGUGGACCACCUUGCCAAGGUUUCAGUGGGAUGAACCGCUUCAAUUCCCGCACCUACUCAAAGUUCAAGAACUCCCUGGUGGUCUCCUUCCUCAGCUACUGCGACUACUACAGGCCAAGGUACUUCCUGCUUGAGAACGUGAGAAACUUUGUCUCCUUCAAGCGCUCUAUGGUGCUAAAGCUCACCCUACGGUGCCUUGUCCGGAUGGGAUACCAGUGCACUUUUGGGGUGCUGCAGGCUGGUCAGUAUGGCGUGGCCCAGACGCGCAGGAGAGCAAUUGUCCUGGCAGCAGCUCCUGGAGAGAAGCUUCCCAUGUUCCCUGAACCCCUCCAUGUCUUUGCUCCCCGAGCCUGCCAGCUCAGCGUGGUGGUGGACGAUAAGAAGUUUGUUAGCAAUAUAACACGGACCUACUCUGGCCCAUUCCGAACCAUCACAGUCCGGGACACUAUGUCUGACCUUCCUGAGAUCAGGAAUGGAGCAUCAGCACUUGAAAUAUCUUACAAUGGGGAGCCACAGUCCUGGUUCCAGAGGCAAAUUCGAGGUUCCCAAUAUCAGCCCAUCCUCAGGGAUCACAUCUGUAAGGAUAUGAGUGCGCUUGUAGCUGCUAGGAUGAGACACAUCCCACUGGCCCCGGGCUCAGACUGGCGUGAUCUGCCCAACAUUGAAGUGCGCCUGUCAGAUGGCACCACCACCCGCAAGCUGCGCUACACACACCACGAGAAGAAAAAUGGGCGGAGCAGCACCGGAGCCCUGCGGGGGGUCUGCUGCUGUGCCGAAGGCAAGCCAUGUGACCCUGCAGACCGGCAGUUCAACACCCUGAUCCCUUGGUGUCUGCCCCACACGGGGAAUCGGCACAACCACUGGGCUGGCUUAUAUGGAAGGCUAGAGUGGGAUGGGUUCUUCAGCACAACAGUCACCAACCCUGAGCCCAUGGGCAAGCAGGGCCGUGUGCUUCACCCUGAACAGCACCGGGUGGUGAGCGUCCGGGAGUGUGCGCGGUCCCAGGGAUUCCCAGAUACCUACAGGCUGUUUGGAAAUGUACUUGACAAGCACAGACAGGUGGGUAAUGCAGUGCCUCCACCUCUAGCAAAAGCCAUUGGACUAGAGAUCAAAUCCUGUGUGUUGGCCAAAAUGAAAGAGGAUGCCGCAGAUACCAUCAAACGGGAAAAGAUGGAGAUUGCAGAUUAGCUUGUAAAUUGCCCAUCUCCUGCUAUUGCUCAGUUCCAGCACCUGAACACCCAAACAUGCACUGAUAAUUUUGUUAUUUUGUUUUUGUUGUCUUCAUAAAUUCAUUUCAUGUCUGGUUUACUUUUCUUCCUUCUGGACACGCUGAAAGUUGUUGGAGGGUUUUUUGUUUUUGUUUGGUUUGUUUUUUUGGGAUUAUUUUGUAUUUGUCUCUGUUCAACCUGUAUUUGUGAGCAGUGUUUGUCUUCUUGGCUGACAUUCUGAAGCUAUUUUGAUGUUCCAAAUUAUCAGCAAAUAACCAUUCUCAAGUGAUCAACUGUGCAGUGCCUGCCACUUCAUGCGUGUGUGCGUGUGCGUGCGUGUGUAUGUGUGUGUGUGUGUUGUGGGC